GACUGGCACACAAAUUGAAUCCCUUUUUCAAAAUGCAUCACUCAAUCUGCUUUUAUCAGCUUUUUUACCCGAUAAGUGGUUGCACUUGGGUUUAAAUUGUUUUCAGAUAAAUGCACCUGUUGUUUGGUUCUCAAACAGGGCAGGCGAAAUCUAUUGCCGAUGGGAUCUAUUCUGUGGCGAUUGAAAAAGAGAUUUCUUGUAAGGUUGCUUGCUUCGACAGUUUACAGAGCCUGUGUGAAAUUGAUGUUGCCUUUGUUGUAAUGUCUACAACUGGAGAUGGAGACAUACCAGACAGCUGUCUGAAAUUUUUUCGGAAACUAAGAAAAGAGCCUAAUGGCUGCCUUUCAAAGUUGAAGUUUGGUAUGCUUGCACUGGGCGAUACGAACUACACUAAUUUUUGCGGAGGUGGCAAAGCUGUAGACGCUCUACUUUUGUCUAAAGGAGCAACUCAUAUUUUUGAUACAAUUUUGGCCGAUGAUGCUACUGGCCAAGAAGAUGACGUUGAGCGUUUUACUACAAAAAUUUGGGAUUAUGUAAGUUCUCAUAAAGCUGAAAACGAACAAAAUGGCUUUGUUAGUGGAGUUGAGAGGGUCAAAAUUAGCGAGACACGUAAUACCGAAGACGCAAUUCUUUCACUAUUCGACCAGUCCUUCUCUUAUAGCUGCGGAGAAACGCGGCCUUCAAAAAAUGAGAACGCUUUCGUAAUUCCAAAUGAUUUGAAACUUCCUGCCAAAGCUAAAACUUCUUUAGCCUUGAAGUUUUACCACUUGCCUUCACAGCCUCAAGGCGAUAACGUCUAUUUUGGCAUGGCAUCCGAAAUAAAAUAUUUGAAGUUAUCAAAAAUAACAAGACUUUCGGGUGAUGUGUCAUCUAAAACUUCUCUUUUGAUUGAAGUUGAAGGAACGUUCGACUACCAGCCUGGUGAUUCAUUCUCGACUGUCUUACCGAACGAUUCAAGUAUAGUCAACCUCCUUUUGAACAGACUCAAAGUAGCUCAUUUGGCCGAUGUGCCUGUAGAAAGAAGUGUCUUAACGGGCAGUUCCAAGUCGGACUCGUCCUGUAAUUUUAUACCUAGGAUUUCUACUCUUCGCUACAUUUUUUCAAAUUGUGUAGACAUAGCAUCAAUGCCUUUCAAAAAAGUGUUUUUCCGGCUUCUUGCGGGUUAUUGUUUCAAUGACGAUGAGUUCAAGCAGCUUUUAAGAAUCAGCUCUAGACAAGGCGCAGAAGAAUACAAUCAACUGCGGGAAAAAAUGUUGACAUUGUUAGAUGUUCUAAACAUGUUUCCGUCAUGUGAUCCUCCUGUUGAGAGAUUGCUUGAGAAUUUGCCGAUUCUACUACCGAGGCCUUAUUCUUUUGCAUCUUCGCCACUUGACGAUGACGGAAAGUUCUCGUUUGUGUUUAAUGUUGUAAACAUACCCGAAGAUGAAACGAGGUUGGCUCGCAAGGGAGUAGCUACAGGUUGGUUUGAAAAACACAUGGAAGAUGUGAAUCAUGAGAUACGCGAAAUUCGGAUACCGGCGUUCCUCAGGAGUAAUACUAGUUUUAGAAUGCCAGAUGAUCCUAGAAUACCGUUGAUUCUAAUUGGACCCGGAACAGGCGUUGCUCCCUUUGUAGGGUUUCUGAGGCAUCGUCGACAGUUGAAGAAGAAAGAUUCAUCAAUAGUUUUUGGAUCGGUUCAUCUACUAUUUGGCUGCCGAACAGAAUCGAAUGAUUUCCUGUUCAAAGAUGAAUUAAAACAAUUUGAAAAAGAUGGCUUUUUGACAGAAUUACUGUGCUGCUUUUCGCGCGAAGAAAACUCGAAAUUCAAGUACGUUCAAGAUACCUUGAGAGCAGACGCUAAAAAGUUCGGUGGCCUUUUGUUUGAAAAGAAUGCGGAAGUAUACAUUUGCGGUGAUGCUCUAAAUAUGGCAAAGGAUGUGAAUGAAGCCUUGAUUUCAGUCAUUGAGGAAUCGCAGGGACUUUCAAAUAUAGAAGCGAGAUCAGUCAUGGUGAGACUUCGAUCGGAGCCUAAAAGAGUUAAAGAAGAUGUAUGGACUUAAAAUAGUGCGUCGCUUUGUAAACUCAGAUUCUAUUUAAUUUGUAUUCGAGCCUUAUUCUAAUCAAGAUUUUGAUUCUUUUCAAGGUAAAUUAUUUUUGUAGCCAGAAUUUACUU